UAAAAAGUUUGUAGCUGGUGGUCUGGAAAAAAGCGGCGAGUGUCCAGAACACAAGGCAGACUGCAAGCAACCGAAGAUUUAGCCCGCUUCUCAUCUUGCUUUCCCCAGUGUCAGUACUCUUUUUUGGGGACGUUGAAGACGCACAACCCGUGGUCUACCUCCUCGCCGAGAAAUAAAGUUAGUCGUGCGGAAUGUCAAGAGGAAAGGACUCGAUCAGUGGAGAGUAACAUGUAGCAGCUCCCCACCGGACUCAUGGGAUCAGAGGCGGUGGAGGACUGUGUCCAGGGGGCGCUCUCCUCUCUCUACCCCCCCUUCGAGAGCACCGCCCCUCCUCUUCUCUCACAGGUAUUCUCGGUGCUGGAGUCCACCUACCAGCAUGACAGCCUCCGCUACCUGCUGGACUACUUCGUCCCCGCCAAACACCUGCUGUACAAACUGCAGCAGCACGCCUGCUCCCAGUACCUGGGCUGCCUGUUCCUGCACUCGGGUUGGCCGCUGUGUCUCGGGGAGAAGGUGGUGGUGCAGCUGUCCACCCUGGACUGGAGGCUCCUGCGCAGCACCGACUUCUACCUGCAGGUGGUGCCCUUCUCCACCAGGUGUCCCCGGCUGGCCCUCAAGUGCCUGGCCCCCGGUGGCCGCACGGUGCAGGAGAUCCUGGUGCCCGAGUCGCAGCACCCCCUAGUGUUCACCACCGAGUGGCUGCACAGCGUCAACAGGGAGCGCGGGCACAAGCGUGAGGUGGGCGGUGGGCUGGACACCUGUCUGGUCAGCACCUGCGACGGCGUGGUCCGGCUGCCCUGGAAGGAGGUGGUCUACCCCAAGUUCAUCCACGACCCCACCGAGGACCCGGGCCUCAUGUCCCACGGCGGGGGCUCCGCGCCGGGCCGCCUCCCCAGCGAGGGGGGCAGCAGCGGCGGGGGGCUGGGCGGCUGGGGGGGCUCCUCCUCCGGAGACCCCGACUCCUGGUCCUGGGACGAGGAGGAGGAGGAGCAGGACGACAACAACAACAACAACACCGGCGGCGGCGGGGGAGGAGGAACAACGGCGGGUCGCGACCCCGAGCCGGCGCUCCCCCGACGCAGGCGCAGCGAGGACGGCCUGGGCCGGACCUCCAGGUACCUCCAGACGGACGGGGACUACGUGGAGCUGCUGGAGCCCCGGGGGGGGCCCGACGGGGGGGCCGACGCCCGGCAGGCGCAGCCCUCCUCCUCCUCCUCCUCCUCUUCCUCGCGGUACCUGGAGAUGCACGCCAUCAGCAAGACCAAGACGCUGCCGCUAUGCCGGCGGAGCUACGCCAUCAAGCUGAAGAGGGGGAAGGCCUGGGGCUACGGGAAGGCCGAGGGAUCCGGGAGCUUCCGGAACGUUAUAGGCGGGAAAAGGGACGUGACGUCGACGCACAGGGGGGACACGUUACCGGCUCAACCCUCGCCCCCCAGAGCCGACGAGCAAGGCAGCGUGGGGCGCUCGUACUCCUCGUCUCUCCACGACUCGGACGACGGCGAGAAGGCCCGGGAGAGCCAGGGAGUUUAUUUCGAGGGUCCGUCCAAGGAGAGGAGGCCCGGCGUGGGCAAGGAGAGGGAAGGAGUCGGCCUCUCGCAGCCGUGCAGGGACGGGGGUAAGGAACACGAGGGCGUCAGUGACACUUUGACCAGCAAAGGCUCCCAAGGCUUGACCAAUCACAAGCUGUUGCACACGAUUGAGGGCCAAUCAGAUCCCGGGUCCCAGUCGGACUCUGUGUUCGAGGAUGCCGAUAAACCACUGAGCGGGGACAGCGAUUCCACCACGCCCACUUCAGAAGCUCCGGAAUGCGUACUCAAAGCCGGCACGCCAUUGGCCGACCUUCCGGGAAGCGGGGCGAAUGCCACCGUCCCAUUGGUCGACGGAGUUGGCACGAAGAAAUGUCAGUUGAUGGGACAAUCUGGAACGUGUGCGGGUUCUGCCGACCCAAACGCGAGCCAGGAACCGGAGAAGAAUGUAGUGAAGACCGCUGGCAGGGACUUAUCUCAAGGUAGAGACGUCAGAGCAGCAGUAGUGCGGGCUCCCAGGAGAAAGAGGAAGGGAAAGGGGGCCCAAAGAAGGGCUCGCUCCGGUGGCCGUGGCAACCAAAAAGCUUCUAAAGCUCUGCCUAAAGCUCCACCCCCACUUCCCGCCCGCCCUUCCUCCGCCAAACCGCCAAUCACCAAGGACAGCCAAUUAGAGAUAGCAGAGGAGUCUAGUGGACGGGACAAAGAACAAACUUCGUCCAAUCAGGGAGCUGAAGAAACCCAACCAAGGAAAGGCAGCACAGAGACUCAGACCGAAUCUGACUCCAUCAGCCAAUCCGGUGCGAGUUUGUCCAACCACGAUGCUUCAGAGUCAGGACCUGAAACCCCUCGUCCCGUCCUAUCAGAGAACCCGUCUGCUGAAGCCCCGCCCCUCCUGAGGGAACUGGACUCUGAUUUGUUACAGUCUGGGAAAUUCAAGCUAUCCGGUACGGUGGACAGGCUUGGCCGGGCUCUGGUCGUCACGGAAACCCACGUUCCUGAGGAGGGCUACAGUGCUGAGGAGAUGGCCAGAGUUCUGUCCUGUUACCACAGAAUCACUCGCCCGGCAGCCAAAGAAAAAGGCCUGACCGUGUUGAUUGACAGCCGCCAGAGCCCGCCCUCCCCUCUCUUCCUGUCGGCUCUUAACCACUUCCAGGUCUUGGUUCCAGGCGGUCUUGGUUCUGUUCUGGUUCUCCUGGAAGAACAACAGGAUGCCACCGCCCUCGAGCUGGAACCACUGGAGGUCCACGCGGUCCAGGGAACCGUGGUCCUCCAGCAGUACGUGGACCGGCAGCAGCUCCUCACGGACAUGGGCGGGGACUUCAGCCACGCCCACGCCGACUGGCUGCUCUUCAGGCUGAGCCUGGAGAGCCUGACAGAGCGGUGUGAGGGCGCCCUCUCACUGCUAGGAGAGGCACUGCGCUCCAUGGACGCUGAACCCAUGCCAGACAAUAUCAAGGCUGUUCCUUUAAGUAUUGAAAAGCACAGAGGACUCAUGAUGGACGUCCUGGCUGACCAAAGACUAACAGAGCUGCAGCAGAGGGGCGGGGCCUGGCUCGCCGGAUUAACCAAUAGCACGUCAGGAUUGGCACAUAAAUCUCCAGACUGCAAAGCUGCCCUCGCUGCGACCUCUGACCUCUAUGAGAGCGUGGACGAUGCCCUUCACCGAUUGGUCCGCGUGUCUAACCAGAGAGGCUGCGACCUGGAGGCUCUCGGACGUCUGGCGGCACUGGUGGACAAACUGGAGAAGUGUGACCAGGAGAUCAGGGAGGUUCAGUCCCAGCUGGAGGAGUACAAAGACCCGCCCCUGUCCCUCAGCCGGCUGUCCGUCAAGCAGCACAAGUUCAAGAGCUUCAGGGAGACAGCCAACGACGUCCACAGCGAGAGCCUCCAGGUGCUGGGCCAGCUGGAGGUGUGGGCCGACCUGGACUGGUCCGGCCUGCGGGACGUCCAGCUGCUGCUGCCCCCCGUCAGGGAGAGGCUCAUCGACAUGAGCCACCUGCUGUCCCACCGCUGGAGCUGCCUGGACAACACCCAGAGGCUGCUCACCACGCUGACUGAGGCCACCCAGUGGUGUGACGCCGUCUCCUCGGCCUCCCCCUCCUCCUCCCCCCUGGCCUCCCUCCCGCCCAUCCCCCCCUCCCGGUUCCAGGACGCCCGCUCCCUGGCCCUGGAGCUGGGCGGGGGCCCCCUGCUGGACCUGUGGACCCAGACCAUGGAGCGCUACCAGCGGACCGUGGCGCAGGUGAAGCCCCGGCUCCUCCAGGGCCCCGGCCACGCCCAGGGGCCCCAGGCGGGGAAGGGGCCCAAGACCCCCUGGACCAGCAGCCUGUGGGAGCUGAUGGGGCCCGAGGGGGAGGGCGAGGGGGACUGGGGCGGAGGCGGCGGCGGCGACGGGCCCCUGGGGACCCUACAGGCGUGGGGGUCCCUGGCGUCGCUGUUCCGACCGCAGACCUGCUCCACGCUGAAGAUCGCCGAGCCGGCCGGGCCCAGGAAGGAGGGCGGGGGCGGGGCCUCGGGAGGGGCAGGGGGCGGAGCCGGAGGGUUCCUGCAGAACCUGCUGAAUCCGGCCAAGAAGACGCAGGUGGCGGCCGACGCCCCCGUCUUCCAGAAGCCCCCCAGGCGGCGCCACCCCAGCUUCGACCUCCAGGCCCUGCUGGCCCCCCGUCGGUCCACGCCCACCCCCCCCCCGGCCCCGCCCCCGCCCCCCUGCUCCACCCUGGCCCCGCCCUGCCGCGCCUCGCCCAUGUCCUGGCUGGGCCGCCGCGCCGCCCUGGUGGACCCCGUCGUCACGGCGACGCUGGCCGCCACCGUCCCCAUGUGGGGCGGGCCCGACGGCGGCGGCGACGGGAGGGCGACGGGAGACCGAGGGGGAGGCGGAGGAGGAGCGGGGGGAGGCGUGGGAGGAGUCAGAGGCGGCGGCGUGUUGAUCCGAGGCGUGGAGGUCAGCAGCAAGGAGGUGGUGGACCACACGGGGUCGCCACGGCAACACGUGCUGCUGGGACGCAUGGAGCGAGAGAUGGGGGGAGAGAGGGCGGGCGCCUCCACCACCACGCAGAGUAAGCUGUACCUGCUGUGGUGCAGGAUGCUUAGUGCUGAGCGUCAGUACGUGGCCGUGCUGAAGGGGGCGCAAGAGACCUUCCUCCCCCUGCUGGAGCUCCCAGACACCCCCGCCGCCCUGCGGGGAAAGGCCGACGCCCUCUUCCCCUGCUGGGCCGGCCUGAGCAGCUUCCACGCGCAGUACCUGCUCCCGGCCAUGGAGGGCGCCCUGCUGCAGAGCCUGCUGCAGCACGACUGCUUCAGCAAAUACAGUGACCACUUCCUCCAGUACUCCCAUUACAUCCGGACCAAACCAGAACUGGACUCUCCGUUGGUCACACAGGCCUCCGACUUCUUCAAGACGAAGCUGCCCCCAUCCUCCCCCCUCUUCCCCAUGGCGUUCCCCCGCUGUCUCCAUGCCCCGCUGCAGCGUCUGGAGCAGUACUGCCAUGCCCUACAGGAGCUGGGGGGCCUCAACUCCGCCUCCGACUCCGCCCUCUCCAUGCUCAGACACGCCCAGCGCCACGGCGAGGACCUCCGCGCCAGCGACCUCAUCGUCGGCUGUCCGGUGUGUGUGUCGGAGCGGGGGGACCUGGUGAGGCAGGGGGAGCUGGUGGUGUGUGGGGGGGCGGGCGCCCGCAGGAAGAAGGGGGGGGUCCGGACGGUCUUCCUCUACCAGAACAUCCUCAUCUUCACCAAGAGGAGGACCUGCAGCGCCGCGCGCACAACUUACACACACAAACACCACAUCAAGAGCUGCGAGAUGGGCCUGACCCAGAGCGUGGGCGAGGACGGCCUGCGGUUCGAGGUGUGGGUCCGCCAGGCGCCGCGGGGCCGCGACGUGCUGACGCUGCAGACCCCCACGCCGGCGCUGCGGGAGGCCUGGGCGCAGGACGUGGCCCGGCUGCUCUGGACGCACGCCAUCAACAACACGGAGCUGUGUCUGAAGGAGUCCCUCUGCAUGGGCAUGUCCAGCAAACUGCUGCUGGACGUCACCGGCCCCCACUGCCCCGAGACCGACUCCAUCAGCACCCUGACUGACAGAGUCCACAGUAGUUGUUCUGACUCGUCCUCGGUGGGGAGCCAGAAGGAGGGGGGGUCUCCCGCCUCUGGGAGGGAGCCCAGAAGGAGCUCUGGGUCCUCCUGCUACACACUGCAGAGUGGCUCACCGUCCACAGCUGUGUAGGAGCCUGGUUCAUCUCAAACCCCAGAACUGGAGUGAAGAUCAUUAUAAAAACAUCUCGCAAUCUCCGGCUGAUAUCUGGACUCCAGCUGGACAUGAAAACAGAGGAGGAAAACAACCAAAGCAAAGACACUGCACAACUAUUUCAGUCACUCCCUCGCUUUCCUGUGCAAUUCCUACCUCACAUGCACUUACAACUCCCUCCCCCCAACCUUUACUCUCCAUAGGAAAAAGAAAACUACUCUCAAAAUUGACGGUUCACAUCCCAAUCCCCCCCCCCCCCCCCCCCCCCCCCUUAAUAUAAGCUUCACAUUUCACCCCCUGAGGCAGGAAGGAAGGAUGCAUUUUAAACAAACCAAAGAGAAGAGGAUCCAAACUGUCCCUUGCCCCAGAAGAGCCCUCUGCGAGCCGCCAUCUUGGAUCUGCCUGUCUCAGUCGCUGGCGGAGACAUUGACACCAGAGGCUCUUCAGAGCCACAGAGAGACCAUUGUCUGCCCCCCGACUCCCCACUAGGCCAAACCACUUGGUCUCUAACCCACUGACUGGCUGACUGGCUGGGUCACUGAUAGGCUGACUGACUGGUUCACUGACUGGUAGACUGGCUGGGUCACUGAUAGGCUGACUGACUGGUUCCCUCAAUGACUGGAAGACUGACUGGUUCACUUACUGGCUGACUGACUGAUAGACUGGCAAGGUUGCUGACUGAAUUACUGACUGGCUGAUUGACUGAUAGACUGGCAAGGUUGCUGACUGAAUUACUGACUGGCUGAUUGACUGAUAGACUGGCAAGGUUGCUGACUGAAUUACUGACUGGCUGUAGACUGGCUGACAGACUGACUGGUAGACUGACUGGAUAACUGAGGUGGCUGACUGAAUGGUUCACUGACUGACUGACUGACUGAGUGGUGGUUGGCUGACUGACUGACAGGUUCACUGAUGGACUUGCUGGCUGAAUUGCUGUAGAUAUCCAUCGGAUAGUAACAGGAAAUGAUGCGUGGGUACGCGGAGUGGAGUGUAUUGAGUCAUCGUCGGCCAUUUUGACAACACUGAUGGAGGGGGCUCUGGCUUUUGAAACUUGGCACCCCUCAGUCUCUCUCUCUCUCGCUCUCGCUCUCUCUCGCUCUCUCUGUCUCGCUCUCUGUUUAGUGUGUGUGGUAUAGACCAGGUGAGAUUAAAUCUAUGGAAAUGAGAUUGAGGGAGUGUACACAUUAACACACUCAUGUGUGCGCUCACACACAACCACACACACACAAACACAAAGACAGUCAUGCGUUACGUGGAAUUACACACGCACACACACACACACAAUACACACUGGCUCACACUAUAGCGGGCAGACAUUCCUAUUGUUGUGAAACAGAGGGGCACUGUUCACACACACACACACACACACACACACACACACACACACACACACACACACACACACACACACGUACACAUACCUAGUCUCUUGCACACACAUACACACUCAUAUGUCCUCUCUCACCCACACACACCCCUCUCCCACAGCGUUGUGAGUCCUUUGUAGAGGCUGGUACAGAUGAGCGGAAAGCUCACAACGACGGGCCGGGCCCUGUUACAGGAAGUGGCCCCUUAAGCCCCGCCCUGAUUCAAUCACCAGGGCCUGUGUUACCGUAACAACCAUCUAUACAUUUUGGGAAUUCUGCAUUUACUUGAGCUAAUGCUGUUCCUCUGUUGUUGUUGUUGUGGUUGUUGGUUGUUUGUGUUUCAAACAACGUUAAACCAAAGAUUCACAGCUCGUAAAAUAGGAAUUGAGGCCUUGGCAUUUUCUGUUAGUUUCUAAGAUUUUUACAUGUUAACGGCAUAACAAAGGAAUAUACGAAGACUAAAGAUGCUUUUUCUAUCGUGACGGACAAUCUUUUUAUACUAAUAAUGAUAUUUAAUGAUAUACCUUUUUGAAUGUGUUUUUAAUGGAAUAAUGUCAUAUACAGGUGAAUCUGCAGUGUUAUUGUGGAUAAUAGCCUCAAUUGAAUGUGUUUUCUAAUAACAUGCAUCUCUGUAUUCAAACGAUCUUCCAUUAUUUCUUUUAAUUCUUGAUGUUUCCUUGAACCAACAAAGAAGGAAACAGUGUUUUUAUGACUUUCGUUUAAAAAUGUUUUUAAAAUAAGGGAAAAUGCAAUGCUCCACCUGGGCUACACGUGCCUUAGCUAAGCUUAGGGUUGACCUGCAUCUCUAACUCGCGGUGUAUUGUUUGAGCCGCGAGCUUGGAAAUAUACUGCAGGUCAGCUAAACAAACUGGAAAACUGCCUUUAAAGACGAUAGUGGUGUCGAUACCGCACAUAACUUUGUACUAAGCAUCUCAUCAACGACAGCAGCCUGUCAAUAAUGCUAAGCUCGAAAGGCCUACCUGAGCUACAAAGGCUAGGUUAGGCUACAAUCCCACACGGCAGGGUGCUCUGACGGAGUCCAAAAGGGUAUUGUGCUUUUUUUAUCCAAGUGAUUUCCCGGCCCAAGCCCUCCUUCUGGGGGUAACUGCUUGAAAAUGUACAAAAAGAGUGAAAAACAGAAAGUAGAAAGAAAGGAAUUGCAAAUGACUAUUGAGCUGUACUGAAUCAAUAUGUAAUUUUCAGGCUCGAAGACGUCCGCUCAAUUCCUAGCCUAUAGGUGUUUGGUGCGUUGUGUUUAUAUCGAAUACAACGUAAUGAAUGCCAUAUUUCAUUCUCCUUGCCGUAUAUAGAUUUUACAUACAUAUAUAUAUAUAUAUAUAUAUCGUUAUACUCAUAGUUUCCAGAGCCGACGUACCACUGCAGUGUUUGUGUACAUAGAAACUAUAUAUUCUCUUCUGCAUACUCUCUGUGUAACGACCUACUCUCUGCAACGAUGUUUACAUUUUUAGGGGCAAAAGGCAUCGGAAUUUCAGAAUUUGGAAUGUCUGGAAAAAUAUUCGGCUGGGCCUAUGAUGUACUUGAUGAGGAUUGCUCUCUCAAAUCGAAAUAAAACUGGAUGCCAACCGCC